AUGAAAUCGUUUACUUUGUUUGCCUUUGUGUGUUUGGUGUCUUGUGUGAGGGGAGAUACUAUACAGUUGGAACCUUCAGAGGGUAUUUUAAUACCAGCACCAGUUGCUGAAUCAUUACGUUUUGCUCGUUCGGCCUAUGGUGGAUAUUCGGCUGCUCCAGCAUAUGCACCACCUGCUCCUCCUUCGUAUGCAGCUCCAGCUGCACCAUCGUAUGCGGCUCCAGCUGCUCCUUCAUAUGCAGCACCUGCAGCUCCAUCUUAUUCCGCUCCAGCGGCUCCAUCUUAUUCCGCUCCAGCAGCUCCUUCUUAUGCAGCACCUGCUGCUCCAUCUUAUGCUGCUCCUGCUGCACCAUCUUACUCAAAACCAUCGGCUCCUUCUUACUCAGCACCAGCUGCUCCUUCAUAUGCAGCUCCAGCUGCUCCUUCGUAUUCAGCUCCAGCUGCUCCUUCAUACUCAGCUCCAGCUGCUCCUUCAUACUCGGCGCCAGCUGCUCCCUCAUAUUCCGCUCCUGCUGCUCCUUCAUAUUCUGCACCAGCCGCUCCAUCAUAUUCAAAACCAGCAGCUCCUUCUUAUUCGGCCCCUGCUGCUCCUUCUUACUCACCGCCUUCAUAUUCGAAACCAGCUGCUCCCUCAUACUCAAAACCAGCUGCCCCUUCUUACUCAGCUCCAGCUGCCCCAUCCUACUCAGCUCCUGCUGCUCCUUCCUACUCAGCUCCUGCCGCCCCAUCAUACUCAAAACCAGCUGGUCCUCCAGCAUACUCACCACCCUCAUAUUCAUUGGCUUCACCAUCACCCGCUUAUGCAGCACCAGCACCAGCUCCUGCUUAUUCCAAACCAGCCGCUCCUGCUCCAGCAUAUUCUGCUCCAGCCCCCGCCCCUGCACCCGCCUACAAACCAGCCGGUAUACCAGCACCACCAUGUCCCAAAAACUAUUUGUUCAGUUGUCAACCGAAAUUGGCACCAGUUCCUUGUGCUGCUCCUGCUGCUUCCUAUUCUGGUGCUUACUCCCACUAUGUGCCACAAUACGCCAUUCCAGUUGUCAAGGAAUUGUAUUGA